AUGUCCGUUCUUGACAAGGUCUCCCUCAUGGAUCCCACUCCUCGUACCAUCAUCCACGUGCUCACUUCGAUAUUCUCGAAAUAUCUUCGUGAACAUGACAACAUCUCUAAACCAUUAUUCCAAGGAUUCAUCCACCGGGAUGGCGUUGUAGCUGUCACGGGGAAAGCACUACCCGAUGGUGUCCACAUCCUCAUUGCUAUGACCUCGAACUCUUUUCAGGAACGCCCCGGGACGGGGUAUUCCGUGCAUUCCGUAACCCCAAGCAACGAGGAGGUUGACCUCCAGAACCUCUGCUGGAAGGGAAGCUCUGGAUCUCCUAUCACUAUGCGUCGCUAUGCCGGUGACCUUCUCCGCGUUCUCACCGACUACAUGACCAAGGGGCUGCCUGAGGGCAUGGGCGAGCUCUCCAUCGGCGGAUGGAUCACGUCCCGCUGUUACGACGCUGUCGUCCGCCGCAUCAAGCUACAAGACACGCAUUGGUCAAACCCCCUCUCCCAGACACUGUGCAUGUGGAAGCCCACGGAUCUCGAUGGCAAAAUCUUCUCUGGUGUCGACACUGAGAUCUGCCUUUCCGACCACGAUAAAGAUUGGGCGCAAGUCUUGAUCGGAGAGAUGCUUCCUGAGACCUCGGACUUCACUAGAGCUACUGCCCCCCAAUGGAUCAAAAUACUCGGUCUCCUCGUAGCGUAUGCUCGCGAGAAAUGCGACGACAAAGGCCCUCUCGACGAACGCUUUUGCGUCAUUCAGUGCCUGCGUGUCGUGUUCGUCAUCCUCGAAUGCAAGGCUGUUGAGCGUGUCUUCCAGCUGCCUUCUCUGUCUGACAUGUUUGCCAGAAAGUCGUUUGGCGGGCCACCGGAACUUGCGUCGACAACUCCUGCCUCUGCACAUGCGCCGUCGACGACUCGGACCACUUCUACGCCUUCUCUCGGAACGUCUUUUCGGCAAGAUGGCAGCACUGUCGGAGACGAAGGCGGCGGUGAAGACGAUGGAUCUGAAAACGACGACGACGACCGCUAUGCCUUGGCUCCCGAGCGAGGCGAGGCUGGUGGACAUGUCGUGUUCCGGUACCUUCUUAUGAUCGUCUCCCCUCUCAAAGCAUCUCUCACAAUCCUGAACACCAUCAAACGGCUGCGAUCCGUCCCCCGGGUAUCUAUUCUUGAGCUCGGGAAAGGAGCCGAAACAUACACUCAAGAAGACUGUGACCACGUCCUGAAAGCUCUUUGCGCUCACACCGCCAAACACAACGCUCCAUCGGAACGACUCGGCGUAGUCACCUCGUGGCUAAGCGAUGUUUUCCGUGACAACGUCAAGAAUCGCGAGGGCCUCCCGGUGCCUCCGGUCCACGUUGAAGCCGAGCUGAUGUCCUUCCUCAACUCCGAGCCGCCGCCCGACAGUCCCCAGGCAGUUCGCGACCUACACGAAGACUUCGUCGAGAGCUCGCUCACAUCAUUACCGCUCGGGGUCAGCAGACAGGCGUGCAACGGCUGCACGAUGCUGUCCGAGCGCACGCACAAGUUGGACAACAUUUACGGCCCUGCGGUCUGCCUUUCCGCUUCGCAUGGCCAAACCGUCCCCUGGGACCCUCCCGCGCCCGGUGUCCCCGACGACGUCCUCGUCCAAAUCGCGGAGGGGCUGCAGAGGAAGGGCGAUCGUCGAACCUCGACGCGUCGCAACCCCGUCUCCAUCACGCUCCACGCCGGCCGCUUCACCGUCAAGUUCAGCGAUGCGCUCUGCGCGUGA